AUUGGUUUGCAGUUUAUAAUUCACUCUCAAGCAAGAAACAAAGCAAUUGAAAUAUGAAUCUGCUAAAGCCUGUGUUUCGAGGAAAUUUUGCAGAACCUUUACGUUUUGGCCAUUGUUUGGAGAUUUGUGCCAAGGCACAAGAGGGUGGCAUUAGAUUUUCCUUAUCCCUAAGCACCGAUGAUACCUCAACAACUGAAAACUUUGAAAUUGAUCUGCUCAUAGUCGUUAAUUUACAACAAGAUCAAAUUACUUCCAAAAAAUUCCUUAACAACGAAUGGCUCGAUACAGAAUCUGCCAGCCUUGGAACGGCAGAUCUUUUCAGGGAAUUCAAGAUCUACAUAAUCAUGGCUGAUGGCAAGUUUCACAUCAGUAUCAAUGGUCAGCCAGUGACCUCCAGCAAAUAUCAUUUGCGUCUAUCUCAGCUGAAUUUCGUGGAAAUCUCUGGCGAUCUGGAAUAUGUAAGACAAAUGGAUCAUCGUAAAUAUUUCCCCCAUCCUUGGCCACCCAUCCAAAUGCUGGAGGACAGACUGCACUUUAGUGGUGAUGUGCCCAUGGCUAUUAAACCAGGUCAUGUUAUGGUUGUCUCAGCACAGCUUUUGGGAAAUGAAUUGGGACGUUUUAUAGUUCAUUUACGUGAUGUCUUCGAUAUGGAUAGGCAAGAGCUGCAUUUGAGUGUGCGUUUCGAUACGAAAAGUGUAAUAAGAACUGCAAAAAACAUUCCACAUGAAGAGCAUUAUGACUUUGAUAUCGAAGAUACCGAUGGCGCAUUCCCUUUCCAAGAUUUUUACCAACCUUUCAAAUUGGCCUUUGCCUUUUUGGCCAAUGAAGUAAAAAUUGCCAAGGAUGGCAUAUUCCUGUACUCUUUCUCAUUCAGAACACCCAAUGUAUUGCCCGUUGUGGGAGGCUUAAAAAUAUUCGGUAUUAAUGAUGUCGUGGUUAAAGUCAAUGAGCUGAAACAUUUUAAAAUGAAUCACCUGUGUGAGCACUUUGAAUACUCCUCUUUGUUAUAGCACUGCACCAAAAUAGA